GCGGGGUUCCCGGCCUCUCAAUCAAUCCAAGCCCCGCCCCUUUUAACUCCCCAACGGAGCAAGCCCCGCCCCUUUCCUUUCGCCUUGCCUGGCUCGCUUCUUUUUUUUUCUCCCCCCGCUUGAGUGUCUCGCGCCCGCCCGCCCUCCUAUUUUCCUCCCUCUCUCUUGCCCUCUCUCUCUCUCUCUCGGAGUCUCGCUCACUUUCUGCCUCAAUAUGUCUCAAGAUGGCGGCCAAUGCGGGAUCGAUGUUCCAAUAUUGGAAGCGCUUUGACUUCCCGCAGCUGCAGAGGGAGCUUGACGCCACAGCGACCGUCUUGGCCAACCGACAAGAUGAAAGUGAACAAUCGAGAAAGAAACUUAUUGAACAAAGCCGCGAGUUCAAGAAGAACACUCCAGAGGACCUGCGCAAACAGGUAGCUCCGCUCCUGAAGAGUUUCCAGGGAGAGAUUGAUGCGUUGGGCAAAAGAAGCAAAGAAGCCGAGGCAGCGUUCCUGAAUGUCUACAAGAGAUUAAUCGACGUUCCAGAUCCUUCUCCCGCUCUGGAUCUGGGGCAGCAGCUCCAGCUGAAAGUCCAACGCAUGCACGACAUCGAAACCGAGAACCAGAAACUCCGGGAAACUCUUGAGGAGUACAACAAAGAAUUUGCAGAAGUCAAAAAUCAAGAGGUGACAAUAAAAGCACUUAAGGAGAAGAUCCGGGAGUACGAGCAAACCCUGAAGAACCAAGCAGAGAACCUUGCUCUCGAGAAGGAACAGAAGUUGCAGAAUGACUUUGCCGAGAAAGAAAGAAUGUUACAAGAGACACAGAUCUCAACGGCCUCUAAGCUGGAGGAGGCAGAGCACAAAAUGCAGGCAUUACAAACAGCUUUGGAAAAGACGCAGACAGAAUUGUUUGACCUGAAGACAAAAUACGACGAAGAGACGACGGCAAAGUCGGAUGAAAUCGAGAUGAUCAUGACGGACCUUGAAAGAGCGAAUCAGAGGGCAGAGGUGGCGCAAAGAGAGGCCGAGUCCUUGCGGGAGCAGCUCGCGUCUGCUAACAAAUCUCUCCAGCUGGCGACCCAAAUCCAGAAAGCACCGGAUGUGGAGCAGGCGAUCGAGGUGCUGACGCGCUCCAGCCUGGAAGCGGAGCUGGCGGCCAAGGAGCGCGAGAUCGCGCAGUUGGUGGAAGACGUGCAGCGGCUGCAAGGCAACCUCUCCAAACUCCGGGAGAACUCCACCAGCCAGAUCUCCCAACUGGAGCAGCAGCUGACGGCCAAGAACAGCACGCUGAAGCAACUGGAAGAAAAACUGAAGGUGCAAGCGGAUUAUGAGGAGGUCAAGAAAGAACUGACCAUCUUGAAGUCAAUGGAGUUUGCGCUGCCGGACAGCUCCAGCACUCAGGAUGCGGCCUCCAAGCCCUUGGAGGUCUUGCUCCUGGAGAAGAACCGCCUGCUGCAGUCGGAGAACGCCACGCUACGCAUCACCAACAGCGACUUGAGCGGGUCAGCCAGGAGAAAAGGGAAAGACCAGCCUGAGAGCCAGCGUCCUCCAGCUUUGCCGGCCUCCUCCCCUCCUCCUCCUCCUCCUCCUCCUCCUCAGUUGCCCCGCAACGCAGGGGAGCAGGCUUCCAGUAAUACUAAUGGUACACACCAGUUCCCACCAACGGGUUUAAGUCAAGACUUUUUCAGCUCGUCCCUGGCAAGCUCCGGCUUACCCCUGGCUUCUACGGGAAAAUUUGCACUAAACUCUCUCCUCCAGCGCCAGCUCAUGCAGUCCUUCUACUCCAAGGCCAUGCAGGAAGCGGGAAGCACAAGCAUGAUUUUUUCAGCAGGUCCCUACAGCACAAACUCCAUAUCUUCCCAAAGCCCCUUGCAACAAAGCCCCGACGUCAACGGCUUGGCCCCCUCGCCCAGCCAGUCGGAUGGCACCGCCGUUGGCAGCAACGCCUCGGAAGGCGAGGACAUGGACACGGCCGAGAUCGCCCGCCAGGUCAAGGAGCAGCUGAUCAAGCACAAUAUCGGGCAGCGCAUCUUCGGACACUACGUCUUGGGCCUCUCGCAGGGCUCCGUGAGCGAGAUCCUGGCCCGGCCCAAGCCCUGGAACAAGCUCACCGUGCGGGGCAAGGAGCCCUUCCAUAAGAUGAAGCAGUUCCUCUCGGACGAGCAAAACAUCUUGGCGUUGCGCAGCAUCCAAGGCCGGCAAAGAGAGAAUCCAGGCCAGAACCUGAACAGGCUAUUUCAGGAAGUACCGAAACGAAGAAAUGGGUCGGAAGGCAAUAUCACCACCAGGAUCCGGGCUACGGAGGCCGGCUCCGACGAAGCCAUCAAAUCCAUCCUGGAGCAAGCCAAGAGGGAGUUGCAGGUGCAGAAAACAGCGGAGCCUCCGCAGCCACCUUCCCUUUGCAGCAGUGGCGGUGGAUCCGACGACGCCAUCCGCUCCAUCCUGCAGCAGGCCCGGCGAGAGAUGGAGGCCCAGCAGGCCGCCCUGGAGCCCGCUUUGAAGGCCGCCCCAUCGGUGCUCUCCCAGGCCGAGAUGUCCCUCCUGUCCCCCAAGCUGGUCCCCACCCCGGCGGGCCUCUCUUCGGUCUCCGGCUACUCCCCUUUGCCCAUGUCCUUGAAGAAGCACUCAUCCUCAUCCUCCUCCUCGGCAGAGUCCAGCCUCUGCUCGCUGCAGACCCUCAAGAAGGAGGCCCCCGAGAGUCCUGCGCUGGAGUUGCUCCACGGGGUCUCGGACGCCUCCACGCAAAGCGUGUUGCGGCACGUUAAGAACGAACUAGGACGCAGCGGGGUCUGGAAGGACCACUGGUGGAGCACGGUGCAGCCGGAGCGGAGGGCCGCGCCGCCAGCCCCGGAGGAGGUGCCCAAGGUAGAGGAGGCCCCUGGCGGGAAGGAGAAGCGCGGGCAGCCGCUCCAAGGGCCCUCCUCCUCCUCCGCCUCCUCGGAGUACUGGAAGGAGUGGCCCAAUGCCGAGUCGCCCUACUCACAGGGUUCCGAGCUGAGCGUGACGGGGGCCAGCCGCAGCGAGACCCCGCAGAACAGCCCCCUCCCUUCCUCCCCCAUCGUCCCCUUGUCGAAGCCAUCGAAACCCUCCGUCCCGCCACUGACGCCGGAACAGUACGAGGUCUACAUGUACCAGGAGGUGGACACCAUAGAGCUCACCCGUCAGAUCAAAGAGAAGCUAGCCAAGAACGGCAUCUGCCAAAGGAUAUUUGGGGAAAAGGUGCUGGGCCUCUCCCAGGGAAGCGUCAGCGACAUGCUGUCCCGGCCGAAGCCCUGGAGCAAGCUGACCCAGAAAGGCCGCGAGCCCUUCAUCCGCAUGCAGCUCUGGCUCAACGGCGAACUGGGGCAGGGAGUCCUGCCUUCUCAAGGGCAGCCCCUCGGACAAGCCCUUCCCUCGGUGGCCUCGCUUCAGGAUGCCCUUCCGCAGGGAUGCGCCAGCUCAGAAAGCACCCCAAAGACCUCUGCCAGCUGCAGCCCUGCUCCGGAGUCUCCCAUGAGCUCCAGCGAGUCGGUGAAGAGUCUUACCGAACUGGUCCAGCAGCCCUGCCCCACCAUUGAGGGCGGCAAGGAAGGCAAGCUGCAGGAGCCCGGCGAGGCCUCCACCGCCACUGACCCCCAGCCCAAUGCCCCGUUGCUCCUCUCCGGCCACUCCUCGCUCAGCAUCCAGGAGCUGGUCGCCAUGUCCCCGGAGCUGGACACCUACGGGAUCACCAAGCGGGUCAAGGAGGUGCUCACGGACAACAACCUUGCGUGGCUGACAAGCCUAAAAUGCAGCAGAAGAGGCAAGAAAUGUACCCCAACCUUUGCAUUAGGGCAGCGUCUGUUUGGGGAGACCAUCCUGGGCCUGACGCAGGGCUCCGUCUCGGACCUGCUCGCCCGCCCCAAGCCCUGGCACAAGCUCAGCCUCAAGGGACGGGAGCCCUUUGUCCGCAUGCAGCUCUGGCUCAACGACCCCAACAACGUGGAGAAGCUGAUGGACAUGAAGCGCAUGGAGAAGAAAGCGUACAUGAAGCGGCGGCACAGCUCCGUCAGCGACAGCCAGCCAUCGGAGUCAGCCUCAGCCGGGCUAGACUACAGCCAAGGGGCCAGUCCGCAGGCCCAGCACCAGCUGAAGAAGCCCCGCGUGGUCCUGGCCCCCGAGGAGAAGGAAGCGCUGAAGCGCGCCUACCAGCAGAAGCCAUAUCCAUCACCAAAAACCAUUGAAGAACUGGCCACGCAGCUCAACCUGAAGACCAGCACUGUCAUUAACUGGUUCCACAAUUAUAGGUCUCGUAUCCGCCGAGAGCUCUUUAUCGAGGAGAUCCAAGCAGGAGGCCAGGGCCAGGCGGGGGCCAGCGAUUCCCCUUCCGCCAGAAGUGCCCGGGGGGCAGCCCAUGGCUCCGAGGGGGACAGUUGCGACGGGGUGGACACUGACGGGCCAUCAGACACAAAGCUCGGGGGCCCGGACUGCGACGACGACAGCAGCAACACGGCAACCACAAAGUCUCAGGGAAGGCGAGCAGCGCCUUCGGCCUUCGAAGCCGCUGACGGGGAAGAGACCGGAUCCUCGGAAAAGAUAGAGACAUUCCAGCCGGAGACAGAGAGCCGGGAAGACGAUACGGACGAGGAGGGCAGGCUCAGAGCCUCUCCGCGGCCAGGCCGCCGGCAUUCGGGGGGGACCGGGAGGGCCACGCCGAACUGUGUGCUGGAGGAGGGGGAGGAGGACGCCUCGACCUCGGCCGGCUCGGUCCUCCCAGGGGGGCGCUCCUGCCAGUCCAAGGAGGAGCGAGUGGGGAGGAUUCCCAUAGUGCCAAGUACCAGCUCCACGUCGGGCGCCCAGAAGGUCAACUCUUUGGAGAGCCUUUUCGGCUUCUCCGAGGCGACGGCCUGCUCCAAAAACACCCGGGACAACUCUCUGCGGAAAAAGAAGGCGGCCAACUUGAACAGCAUAAUCCACCGCUUGGAGAAGGCCGCCAGCCGGGAGGAGCCCGUGGAGUGGGAGUUUUGAGAGUAGGGACCCCCACUCCGUGCCACUCCGGAGCUUGGGGAAGCGGACGCUUGGACCUCUUUGCUGGUUUUGAAUCUACGUCCCGCACUUACCGCCCUGCAGGCCACGGGGCACAAAACGCCAUAGGCCAAGGUGCAUCUAGAGAAGAAAGGAGCGUCUCCGCGUUUUAUGUUUGUGUUUUCGACGACAAAGAAGAAGACGACGAAGACGGAAAAGAAUUGUGUAUUCCCGCUUUUUGUACCCUGAAGUGUUUCUAUUAAUUGCCCUAAAGUGAUUUCCACAGUUUCUGGGGAAGAAAAAAAAAACUCACACAACUUUUGCCUUCUGCCCUCCCCUUUGGUGUGGGCCUUAAAACAGAUAGAGACAAGCAAGAAAAACAAAAAAAACGAAACCCACAUAUUUAAAAGGGGGCUUUUUAACCUGCCAUCUAAUGGCUAAACAGAGCGAUAAUAAUACACUGUUAUCUUCUGUAACCAGGAAAACAGAAACAAACAAAAACAAGGAGGGGAGGGGAGAUUUUUUGGAGAAGAGAAAAAGGUGUUUUUUGUAGCUGUUCAGUUGCCACUAAGAGAUUGCACAGUCCACCCGACUCUAAACACACUAGUUUGAAUUCCUAACUAUUUUCAAGAAAAAGAAUAUUUGUUUGAAACUUGGGAUUUAAAAAAAAAAAAAACCACAUUUACUCCACGUAUUUUUUAACAAAAACAAAAAAAAAGUCACAUCAGGAAAAAUAUCUUAAUUUGUGGUAGCGGAUUUCAGUGUUUUUUCUUGUAAAGUGGGAUAGAAAAUUGACUUCUUGUAGUGCACAUCGUUUCAUAGCUUUAACCGAUCCCGGUCUCAUUUACGGGCCGGGGUUUGUUUAAUACACUCCAUUUUAGGCCAAAUCAGGACAGAAUAAGGAGACGAAGAAACGCUCUGAAAUCUAGGUAUUUUGUAAUCUGCUUUCUAACCUCUAACCACGGAGCACGCGGAUCAGACCUCAUUUCUAGGAGGAGUGGGAGACAUUUUGGAACGGGACGGGCGCACAGAUCGGUCCGGUUGGGCUCUCCUGGCAAGAGCGAACCCAUCGAGUGCGCUGCUGCGCAUGACUGCUUUGUGCCCCAAAAGGAAAGGAGCAAUCGGAUUUGGGCGGAAAGGAAUAAUGCCACCAUCCUUGGCUGGUCUUCAGGCACAAAACGUACACACUUAUGCGCAGGUUGACCAGAAAGGUGGAAGAGUUCAGUUGCCGUAUUUCACCGAAUUUAAGGCAUACUUCUCCUCUCUCCUGCCCCCAUUUUAGGGGCUCCAAUUACAGGGUGUGUCUUAGAAUCGAUGGCGCCUUCAAUUCACUUUAAAAAAAAAUUGAAUUAGUAAAACAGACUCAUGAGGACGAGAGAUGAAUUUUGGGUUGUAACAGUAAAAAAGUACAGUGUUCCCUCACUUAUAGCGGGCGUUACAUUCCAGGACCACCCACGAAAAGUAAAAAAUCCGCAAAGUAGGGACGCUAUGCAUGUAUAUCGAGUUCUCUGAAAAGGAAGAGCGAGCCCCAGCCUUGUUUGCUUUUACGAGAGGGAGAGGAGGCCACCGUUUUGUCCUCAGCCAGACAUCUGUUUACCAUCUGGCUGAGCUAUAUUUAGCAAUUCAGCCAUACCUCUACUAGAUCUUAUUUUCAGGGGAUGUCUUAUUUUUGGGGAAGCAGGGGAAGCACUGGGUUGUUGUAGGUUUUUCCGGGCUAUAUGGCCAUGUUCUGGAGGCAAUGUUUCUCCUGACGUUUCGCCUACAUCUAUGGCAAGCAUCCUCAGAGGUAGUGAGGUCUGUUGGAAGUAGGAAAAAUGGGUUUAUAUAUCUGGAAAUAUAUAUCUGGAAGUAGGAAAAAUUGGUUUAUAUACUUCCAACAGACCUCACUACCUCUGAGGAUGCUUGCCAUAGAUGCAGGCGAAACGUCAGGAGAAAAAUUGCCUCCAGAACAUGGCCAUAUAGCCCGGAAAAACCUACAACAACCCAGUGAUUCCGGCCAUGAAAGCCUUCGACAAUACAGGGGAAGCACUGCUUCCGCUGCCUCCCCAACGGGCCCAUAGAAUUAGUAAAACAGACUCAUGAGGAUGAGAUGACUUUUGGGUUGGAAUGGGAAAAAAAGUACAGCGUUUCCUCACUUAUCGCGGGUGUUACAUUCCAGGACCACCCGCGAAAAGUGAAAAUCCGCAAAGUAGGGACGCUAUAUGUGUGUAUCGAGUUCCAAGGUUGAGGCAGAAGCGAGGAGAGAUUUAAAGGCACUGCACACUUAUUUUUUUUGCUAGUUAUCUCUGCUUUUCUUUGCAAUCUCUCUUGAUUCCCCCGAGUAGGAGGGUGAGACCCCCUUCCACACUCCAUCGUUGUCAGGAAGCGGGAUUAAAACGCCGCUCUUGGCAACGGCAACCAUUCAUAAACUGGGGGGUAAAAACCCGCGAAACAGCGAAUCCACGAAUAGCAAACCGUGAAGUAGCGAGGGAACACUGUAUUGCGCACACAGAAGGGAAAAAAAUAUAGCCAUCAAGAUAAUUCUCUUUUUGGGAAUCUAAGUGUUGUUGUCGCCUUAAACUCGGUGAAAUAUAGUAAUAUUGCUUUGGGAAGAGGGAGGAUGGAGCUGCUUGCAGCCGCGGGAAGCACUUAGUCCAGUCUCCCCAGCCGUGUGCCCUCGGAGGAUCGCAGGGCACAUCACCCCCAACAUGUGGAGCUCUGUGUUCCUGGAGGGCACAGGGUGGGGGGCCUGUCAUUUACCCCGAGAUAGGACCGGGCCUGUUUCAGCCCAUCCCGCUUCAAGGCCCCUUCACCAACUAGCUCCUCACUGACUGUGGUCCCACAGCAAGCACUGAUUUCUAAUUUUCUAAUACUUCUCAGUUGUGGGACCAAUCUUAAUAUACUCCUUCCCCCCUUGAACUGAAAGAGAACAGGCCCGGAGGACACGGCAACACAAAGCGCUCGCGAGAUUGAUCCCUGCCUCAAUCCUGGCUCUUCCAAGCCCAUGGCGGCAAUGGCAGCCGCACCGGCCGAUCGGCGUCCAAAGUUGAAUUUCCAAAUUGUCUCCGACUCCUCCUGUUGUCUAUGUGUCUAUGCGUGAGCAUAGCGGCGUGUGGAGGGACGAGUGGUUGCGUAUGGGAGCGUGUGCGUGUGCGCGUGGGUGUGCAAUUUUAUACGUCUGUAUUUUCUUACGUACUCGUGCACACAUAGAGUGCAUAACUGCCACCUUUUUCAAUAAGCUGUUUUAUCAGUUAUAGCUUCGACAGUUUUGCUGGUUUAGACUCCUUUAUUGCCAUAUCUUUAAGACUAAUGAUAGAUGAUUUCGGUAUAUAUAUUGUUAUUUUUUUGCUUAUUUAUAGGUGCUGUAUUUUAUUAUCUGAUUAUUAGGAAGGGAUGAAAGGGGGCAAAAUACUCUUUAGACGGAUAGACUGCCGGCAGUAUUGGGUAUAAUUUACAAGAUGUAGUUGUCAUACUGUAUAUUAUUGACAAACAAAUUCCUUUUUGUUUGUUGGUUCUUUUAGGGUUUUUUUGUUUUGUUUUGUUUUGGACCGUAUUGUGUACCAUGGAAAACUCUUGUCUUAGGUCAAUAUCUUUUGAUGACACUUUAAUGGUGCAUUCAGGACUUCGUACGUUCUAGUUUAUGAUACGGAGGGAAGGCAUUCUGAUGGAAAGGGGUUCCCAACAGGACGGCUCAAUCUGCUUGUAUGAAUUGACCAUUAAUUACUUUAUUGUUGUUAUUGUUUUCGCUGGACUGCAAGACGUGAAACCACCUUCCUUGCAUGGCUUCUCGGAAAGGAAAUUAUGGGUUUUACUCUUCAUCACGUGUCCGGAGCACUUAGUUUAAGUCCUCACCAAUUUUAAGUGUGCAGUAGCUUUAAACAAAGGUAAAA